CAUCAUACCUGACACCUAGAUGAACACUUUCCAGUUGGUUGUGUGACUGUACAUCAUUCCCUUCAAAUGAUACUGGUUAGAAACGUGUUUAACAAUGUCGUGUGUAACUUUAGAGACGGUCCCUUAAUUUCCGCACGUCCGCGAAUAUCGAACGUCCAACGUCACACCAACUUUAUUCCAGUCAACUGAUGGACAUUUUAUUUGCUCUGACACAACUGAGGGAACAGCAUGUGAUGUUACAAUAGAACAACAACAAAAAAAGGUUCCUCAAGGGUUCUUUGGGUGGUAAUUGGCUCGAGCUUUCUGUAGGGGGUCUUGCACAAGAGAAACCCUCCGUUGUAGGGUUGUACACGUAAAAAAAAUUCUAAGCUCCGACUUCUCACAGCUUUGAGGGACAAACAGGAGAAAUCUUUAAGACGCUAGACAUCAAACUAGAUGUCCUAAUUGCAGAGUGCGCAUGCGCGGCAAAAGUCUUUACCGGAGCGGCUAGGUACUACUGUACCAGCACUAAUGGCGGAGCACGCAUGCGCAGUGGAGUCUUUACCGGAGCCCUAAUGGCGGAGAACGUGCGGUCGCCUUUCGACUAUCGGGAGCCACCGACUCUCGACAGCGAUGGAGACGGUGGCAAGCCUCCGCCACCCCGGGGACGAGUGUGUGGACGAAAGAGAAAGGGCACUCCUGUGAAGGUGUGUGAUCGUGCAUAUGUGACAGAAGAUGAAGAGGAAAGUUUGUCCGAACACAGUUACAGCCCAGGCGAAGGGCAGUACCCAGACGAAGCAGAGGAUCGGCUUCCCCCUCCCAACAGUCCGUACUAUCUCGCCGAUCCGUCCCAGCUUUGCGUAUCAGAGUUAGGUGAAGAAGGCGCCAGUGGCGUUCGAGGCCCUGUGCUCUUCCCCCCUCUACCGCCUAACUGCAGGAUCAGAGAGGUGCAUUGUGGGAGCCAAGUACGACUGGUCGUUAUAGCGAUCAGAGACAUCGCCAAGGGCGAGGAAAUCACGGUUGACUACAACUUGGCUGAGUGGGGAGAAAACGCGCUGGCUUUCCAUCGCUCCGUAUCACCACGCGGAUUUGAAUGCGCCUUCAAUCCAGACAGCAAUAUUAAGAAGGAAGAGGAGGCAGCUCCGUCUCUCCCUAUGUCUCUCACGGUUUCAGACUACCUCACUCCUUCGUGGUCUCUCUCUCCUUCAUCCUCACCGCUGUCCCGCUCCGAGGCCAGUGAUUCGGACCGAGAGGAAGAAGAAGAAGAAGAGGAAGACGAGGAAGAGGACGAUGAAGAGGAAGAGGACCUCGAAGAGCUGAGGGGCCGCAUGAUGCGGAGGCGCAAGAAGCGGAAAACGACGAGCAGCGCGGCCAAAAAAAAGGCUCAGCCCAGCCCGCUUUCCUUCCCUCCGUCCUCCUCACCUUUCCAGACACCUUUAGCACCACCCACCACAAACAUAAACAAUAACAUAAACAUAAACAUUAGCCGCAGCGCGAGCAGGAAGCAGCACUGCCCUCACUGCGGCCGCCAUUUCCGCUCUCUCGCUCGGCAUCUUGAAAAGCACCACGAUCAGCAACCGGAAAUCCGGAAUGCCAUGGAACUGUCACACGGCCCACGUUCGUCGCACACACCGUCCUCAAUGCACACACGUGGCUCACACUUGUUCAACUCACCACAGCCCUCUGCUUCCUCCUCAUCCUCCUCCUCCUCAGCCACCCCCAACCUCUUCUCUCGCGACUCGUCCGGCUCCGGUUCAGCGGCCAUGUCGUUCUCUCUCUCCCUCUCUCCUCCUUCACGCCGCCCUUCCUCCAAAAAGAGCCCCGCCGCUGUCUCCACCCCACCCAGAAAGAACGCAGCGCCUACGGCAGCAGCCGUGAAAAAGUCCCCCAGUCCUCCAGCCAAAAGGGGGCGUCGGCCGAAGAAGGAGAAAGAAGAGAAGCAAAAGAAACAGGAGGAGAUGGAACGAGCCAAAGAAGAAGCUCCGCCCACCCCGGGCCGAAAUGAAGAGGAGGAAAAGCUGGAGGUAGAAGAUGAGGAGCUGGAUCUGACCGAAAUGAGGGACGAAGACAGCGGAGAAGAGAAGAAUGGUGCAAGUUCUCACCGCUCCCAUGUGUCUCCCCUCCUGUCCUCUCUCUCCACGCUGGUUUUGUAUCUCCGACGUCAGCAGCACUCGUCCUUCCUCUCCCUCUCACGUUCGAGCAGCUCGGCAGAGGCCUGGCGCCUGCUGUGCCACUCCAGCCUGGCGCUGCUCAUCCUCUAUAACCGCCAUCGCGAGUGUGAGAUGGCAAAGCUCACGAUAAGCGACUACCGCAGCCGCAUCACUCCUUCCUCUAACUCCAGCUCCCCUCUCGAAGCGUCUUUGUCCCCUUUCGAGCGGCAGGUUUUGUGCCACAGGCCCCGCGUGGGCGUUUUAGGAAAGCGCGGUCGGGUUCAGCAGCUAAUCCUUCCACCGCACUCUGAAUCCUGCCUCGAUUUGCUUCUGAAAACGUCCACGGACGUGAACGUCGAUCCCGAAAGCCCUUAUGUGUUUUCUCGGCCGUACCAUUCUCCCGCCACUCCUCUGCGUGGCACGGACCUCCUGCGUGGAUUAGCGCGUGCCAGCGGGGCUAAAAACCCUGCCGCACUGACGUCGCCGCGCACCCGAAGGCAAGUCGCCAUCCUCACCCAGCUCCUGCUGAUGGACGAAGGAGAGAAGGAGAGGCUCGAGCACUUCCUGCACAGCGAGUAUCAUGUCACCCAGACCUGCGCCCGGAUUGGCCAGGACCCAGCGCUGAUGGGCAGAGUGGGUCGUGUCGUGCUGUACGGUGAGAGAGAUGGAGUGUUGUUCAGAGGGAUGAGCCUCAAACACAUCUGCCUCGAACUGGACGUAAUGUCUGGGAAUUCAGCAGAUUCUUUCUCGGAGGAGUCGGAUGGUGAGGGAGAGAAGAGUCACGAGAGAGUAGAGGUGGGAAAGACAGCAGGGGUGAACGGCCGAGGGCCACCUAAAAACAACGCCAGUCCCGUCCCCUCGCCCACUACGCCCUCCCCCUCAGGUUCUCACAAGAGGCGGCGCGCACAAAUAAAAUCAGCUUCUCAACAGUACGUUCAAAGAUACGAUUUUAAAACGAACGUCCUAUGGCAUUUGGGCAGAACGUUUACCCCACGUUUCAGGCAAGCGCGGUGUGCUGAAGAGGCCGUGGUCGGAAGCGGAGCGGGUCGCCGUGGAAACGCACCUGAAGCGAAACAUCGUGGAGCUGCGCGUCCCUGCGAAGGCAGAUUGCGAGCGAUGUCUGCAGCACUGCCCCCUACUGGUGAGCAACCAGCGCGACUGGAGAGCCAUUAAAUUCUACUGCCACAACCGGAUUCAACUACUGAAGAAACAGGGACGCGGAGGAGCGGCUGUCUCUUAGCUCAACACACACACACACACACACACACACACACACACAAAUACUGAGGGAGAGACUCUUACUUGCACAUUCAGUCCUGAAAUCAUGGGUUGAAUAAGUGACCAUUCACACAUUUUUGCAUUGCUGUGCAUCAGUGUUUCCGUUGACACACACAUACUUAUGCAUCCUUGUACAUUGAGUGGUUGUAUAUGAGUGUGUCCAUUGACUACACACACAGAUAGAGGCUCACACACUCAGUCUGGAAUGUUGAACAAAGCGACCGGAUACACACACACACACACACACACACACACACGUGUCCUUAUACAUUUCAGCUUUUCCCCUCAAACACACACACAAAGUGUUAUAAUCAAUAUAAACCUAUGAACUGACCUCUUAUCCUUGUCACUGACAUUGGGACUGUGGCGUGUGUGUGUGUGUGUGUGUGAAAGCACUGCUUCAUGCCCGAAAUCUCUCGCACACCUGACAGAGCAGCUCGAAAUACAUCACACAUGGACCGCAGCAAAAGAUGUUAAAAGAUUAUCCCUCUAUGAACUCUUUUGUCCUUUUUCUUUAAUACAACGAUGCUAAUCCUAUUUGUCCAGUGAAGUCUCGCUGUUGGACUGAUUGUUAUAGACUUCUAUAUAAAGAUUUCUGAAAUUUCUGUACCCGUCAUUGGCAAGCAUUUAUUUUGGGACCAUAUUAUCUCCAUGUUCCAGAGGAACUUUCACAGUAAGUCUACUAUGCUAACAUUUAAUUGUGGUUAUGAAGGUGGUUCUUGGUUCCAGUCCCAUUGAGGUCGCGUACCAGUGCAGUUAUCCACUACCAAGUGAUGACAACAUUGGAAAAUUCUGUUACAAGUUAGUGUUAUCCAUCUAUUGUGUUUAGUAAUGGCUUCCCAGUAAAACACCAGCUCGUUUAAUACUUAUAGUGUGAAAGUAGCUAACUACCCAGCAGGCUAGCUAUAUGCAUUUGUAACUAUUCCAAGGAAGACCCUGUAGUGUAAAGCUAAUCAUCUUCGGUAUCUAUGAAAUAAAGUAUUACGUAGAAUACAAUUAGUGAUAGUAGCAAACUAACAACCUAGCAAGCUUUUAUUUUAUUUUAUUUCAGGUACGAAGUAAAGUAAUAUGUUGAAUAAAAUAAGAGCGAUAGUAGCUAGCUAUUUAUUUUAGCUACUUGAAGGAUAAUCCCGCAGUGUACCACUAGCCGGUCACUAUAUUUAUUUGACAAUAAAAGAGAAAAAGCUACAAACUUGUCUAUCUUUCUAUUUGUAGCUACGCCAUGGUUGGCUAACCCUUGAUUAAUGCUAACCAGCUGUCUAUAUUUAAGAACGUCUUAUGUAUUACUUUAUUUAAUAGGGUUAUCUUGGCUAAAACUAACAACUUAGCUUUAACAACUUUUUUUUUUCUUUACACUACUCAAGAACAGCCCCUCAGUGUAUUUUAGCUGUUCCAAGGAUGACCACAUAGUGUACAGAAAAAAAAUGUAGCUAGCUUUUUAUUUUUAGCUUCACCAACUGACAACUACCCCAUGGUAUAAAACUAGCUGGCUAGUAUGUUUAAGGUCUUAUGUAUUUAUUUAGCAAUGACUGCAGCUAGUUAACAACCUAGCAGGCUAUUUAUUUUUAGCUACCCCAAUAACAACCCCUCAGUCUAAUGCUAGCAAUCCAAUGUACUAUUUAUUUGAUGUAUUACUAUAUUUCUCAAAGUGAUAAGUAUCUUGUUAGCUUUUUAUAUAGCCACUGUUUUAGCUUUUCCAAGGAUGACCCCUCAGUGUACCACUAACCAGCUACUAUAUUUUAUUUUGCAUGGUAGCUAUCCGACUGGAUAUAUUUAAUAACCUAUUGUGUAUUAUUAUUAUCUAAAGUGAUCAUUGCUAACUACCAAGCUAGCUAGAGAUUUAUUUUUGGGUACUGCAAUGACAACCCCACUGUUUACUGCUUGGAAAAACCAUGUAUUAAAUAUUCUAUUUCCCAGAUGAAGGGGGGACCCUGAUUGUAACCUCCAUUAGAAAGAUUUUUAAUGAUAUUUUAAUUUAAAUGGAAGAGAUUUAAACACACCAUCGGGGACUGGAACUGAUUAUCACUCAAUUAGACCUCAACUGAAACUGUUAAUUUCCCACCUCAGAGUCAGUGUAGAUGCAAAUGUGUAUAAACAUGCACAACAUUUUAUAAAUUAAGCUAGCCAAGGAUUUCAUGUUCUAUCCUUUUUACAUACUUUUUUUCUUCAAACAUCUAUUAAGCCUGGUCUUAAUCUUGUCUCUGCUGUUGAAUAAGAAGAGGUUUAAUCCUUGUAGAAUUGAUUCAUUUCAUCCAACAAUGAUUUUACAGCAAUCUGAAUUUUAUACUCUUCGUUUUUAUGAUUAUAUUUCAGCAGUAUUUUAUAUAAGCUAAAAUCCCAGUGUGAUCACGUUCCUCCUUUUACACUGUUCCUCCUCUGUCUGAUUUUUUUUUCUGUCCCACAAAACACACACACACACAUACUUGAACCUUAUUUUAUCCAUUAGGAUUUAAAGACAUUUUUUUUUUUGUAAUUUUUUUUUUUUUAAUCUUCCAUCCCCAGACCAUUGACUGUAUGUUGAUUUUAUAGUAUAUACAAUGAAUUCGUAUUAGCGUGCUAGCUAGCCUUGUGAAGGUGUACAUUCUGUAAAUAUCGACUUAUAUAAAAGUGCUACAUUUUGGAUUUUUUUUUUUUUUGUUGUGUUUUCUUAAAUGGCAUUGUAAAGAUUUUAGAGGAAACGCUGUUUAGAGACGCAGAUUAAUGUAUGUCACUGCAAGAAAUAACACCUUUAUUUGCAUUUUGUAGCUUGUGUUGUGUUUUAAUUCCAGCUUGUUGUGCAUUAGAAGAUAGAAUGGAACAUUUGAAACUGUAGUGAGUUUGUCUACCACUAGGGGGUGUUAACCAGCAAAAGGUUGUUCAAAGAAUAUAGCCGCUUAAAUUCGAAGUUUGCCAAAAUAUAUACCUUAAUUAAUAAUAAUAAUUUAUACGAUUAGUAAUAAACGUAGUCAGUCACUCAAGGUAUAUUUGAUGCCAAUUGGUAAUGCAUUUAUUUAUCUUUAAGUAAGGAAUAAACAACAGGCCAUACUCUUAGGAAAUUCAUUAACAUGCUACAUACCUACUGUACAUGCAUGUAUUUUAUUUCCCUUAUACCACAGCUAUUUGCUUUUGAUUACAAUUUUUUAUUAAUCAAGCAUUCAACAGCACUGUGGUAUGAUGUGGAACUAUUUGCCAAGUUAACUUAUAAUAUGCAGGGAAAAUAUAUGCUCCUCAUUU